UAAUGAAUGAAUGCACACACGCAGGUGUGGAUGAAAUCGAUAUUUGUUGUGAAAUUUUAAAAUUGGAGGGAACAAGCAAAGUCGAAGCGGCGCAUGGCGGUUCCGGCAGAUCCAAUCAUUGAAGUAGAAGAAGUAGAGGAGGAUGGUCCCACGCACCACCCUCCUGCUCCUUCACACGAGUUUUUUGAUUUAUCAACGACAGUUGAUCCGAGUUACAUAAUCUCCUUGAUAAGAAAGCUUCUGCCGUUGGAUUCUGCUUCUCGGAGAAGCUUGAGUGAAGUUGCUUCACAUGGCACUAACCAAGGAGAAGAAGAAAGAGGGGCUGCGCCCUCUUCGUCUGUUUCGAGUGAUGAAAACCUUAAAUCGUCCAAGAAUAAAUCUGAGAAUAUGGAUGUUGAUGUUUCCGGUGAAAUUUCGCGUGGAGAAUGUCAAGAUACCGGUGAUGGAAUUGAACAUUCCAGUGUCUCGGUUGGAGAAGAUGCGUGGGAGGAAUAUGGUUGCAUUUUGUGGGAUUUAGCUGCCAGUAAAACACACGCGGAACUCAUGGUGGAGAAUCUAAUACUUGAAGUUCUUUUAGGUAAUCUACUUGUUUGCAAAUCAGAGCGGGUUACUGAAAUUAGCAUAGGAAUUAUUGGGAACCUUGCCUGUCAUGAAGUUCCAAUGAAGCAUAUAAUCUCGACAGAAGGACUGAUUGAGAUAAUUCUGGACAAAUUGUUUAUGGAUGAUCCUCAAUGCCUAUGUGAAACAUGCCGUUUGUUGACCGUGGGUCUUCAAAGUGGUGAAUCUAUUGCAUGGGCUGAGGCAUUGCAGUCUGAACAUAUACUAUGUCAAAUAUUAUGGAUUGCAGAAAAUACAUUGAACCUUCAGCUUUUAGAGAAGAUCAUUGGGCUUAUUUUAGCUAUAUUAGAAAGUCAGCAGAAAGUUGUGGAUGCUAUCCUUCCACCUAUGAUGAAGCUUGGUUUGGCAAAUAUAUUGAUCAGUCUCUUGACUUUUGAGAUCAGCAAAUUAAUGACAGAAAGAAUACCUGAAAGGUACUCAAUUCUCGAUUUAAUUCUUCGUGCAAUUGAAGCCCUGUCUGUUAUGGAUGAUCAUUCUCAGGAAAUUUGUUCAAGUUCAGAGCUCUUUCAACUAUUAUGUGAUCUGGUUAAGUUCCCAGAUAAAGUUGAGGUUGGGAACUGCUGUGUUACUGCUGCUGUUCUCAUUGCAAAUAUGUUGUCUGAUGUUGCUGAUCAGGCUUCAAAGAUUUCACAGGAUUUGCGCCUAUUAGAUGGUCUGCUUGAUAUAUUCCCUUUUGCUUCGGAUGAUGUGGAAGCAAGAAAUGCACUCUGGAAUGUAAUUGCCAGGAUAUUGGUUAGAAUUCGGGAAACUGAAAUGAGCCCUUCAAGUGUACAUCACUAUGUUUCUGUUCUUGUCAGAAAACUUGAUCUGAUUGAAGAUGAGCUUCUCAACCAACAAGUUGAAUCUGGUCAUGAACAGGAAAGCUUGUCUUAUCCUGGCUCAACAGCAAAUGCUAGAGAUACAUCUCUUGGAAGGAUCAUCAGUAUUCUGAAUCAGUGGACUGCUGAAAAGGAGAAUGCCAAGAAUAAUGGGAAUGCUGAAGUUCCUGUUAGUGAGACAGAUGCAAAAAGAUUGUUGGAUUGCUGCCAUAAAUUCCUUAAGUAGAAUUACUGUAUCUUUUGAAUUACAGUUGUCCAUACUAUCUUUGAAGGCUCUGCACCUGCGGAUGCUUUUUGUAUUUGUUUGUUCUGGGCAGUUACGUUUAGAUAUAUACGAAUACAUAUUUUAACGUUAUCCACUCUUCUUUUUGGAAGCUA